AUGAGCACAGGAACACUCAGCGACGAUGACUUUGCUGGCUCGUCUGACUAUGACGACUUCGAUUCACAGGAGGAAGGAUCGGACCUGGAAUACGAGCAGACAGAAGAUAUUGGGUUCUCGGACAUGAUCACGGAAAAGCAGCGCAGGAAGGCGUACCAGGUCGACUUUUCUGUCCUGCCCCUUUCCGAUAUUGUGUCAGCUCAGGCGAGUGCGUCGAGCCAUGUCGCCGGUAUUCUCGGCAUGACGCAGGAUCAAGCAGCGGCUCUUUUGAGAAACUUCAAGUGGAACAAGGAACGCCUCGUCGAGCGGUACAUGGACCACGCCCAAGAGAUCCUGGACAAGGCCGGUGUGGUUCUGGAUGAUGUUCACACUCCUCAGGUGAAGCGGCCCAGAGGAUUCGUCUGCAUGAUCUGCUUUGACGACAGCAGUGCCGGCCCUGCAUUUGGAUUGCGCUGUGGACACGUCUUUUGCCAACCCUGCUACGAGCACUAUCUGCGCCAAAAGAUUGUCGAGGAGGGCGAGUGCCGUCGUAUUCUCUGUCCCGAGACUGGAUGUAAUGUCGUCGUCGAUGAACCUACCAUCAAGAAAGUCGUCCCCGCAGCCGUCAUGUCCAAAUACCGCCAGUUGCAAGACAGGGUAUAUGUGUCAGACUUGGACAACCUGGUUUGGUGCCCUGCACCCAACUGCGAAUACGCAAUCGAAUGCCGACUUUCACAUUCUUCGUUUACGACUAUUGUUCCGACAGUGUCUUGCGACUGCGGACACAAGUUCUGCUUCAACUGUACUCUGGACGACCACCAGCCUGCGCCCUGCGGACUGGUCAAGAUGUGGAAGAAGAAAUGCGCGGAUGAUUCAGAGACGGCCAACUGGAUUUCGGCUCAUACUAAGGAGUGCAGUAAAUGUCAAUCGACGAUCGAGAAGAACGGAGGAUGUAACCAUAUGACGUGUCGCAAGUGUAAAUACGAGUUCUGCUGGGUCUGCAUGGGCCCUUGGUCUGAGCACGGUACCUCGUGGUACAACUGCAACCGUUUCGAGGAGUCUAGCAGUGCCGAUGCCCGCGACCAGCAAGCCAAAUCACGCGCCUCCCUCGAGCGCUACCUCCACUACUACAACCGUUACGCGAAUCAUGAACACUCGGCGAAGCUGGAUCGGGACUUGUAUACAAAGACAGAGAAGAAGAUGGAGGAGAUGCAGAGGACGAGCGAUUUGUCGUGGAUCGAGGUGCAGUUCUUGAAGAGGGCUGUGGAUGUGUUGACAUCAUGCCGUAUGACAUUGCGAUGGACAUAUGCGUUUGCGUUCUAUUUGGCCCGGAACAAUAUGACGGAGCUGUUUGAGGACAACCAGCGCGAUCUUGAGGUGGCGGUUGAGGCAUUGAGUGAGUUGCUUGAGAAGCCGAUUGAGCGGGAAAAGAUUGCUGAGCUUCGUCAGCAGGUGUUGGACAAAACUGUGUAUGUGGAGAGUCGUCGUGAGGUUGUGCUUGAGGAUACUGCCAAGGGGCUCGUUGAUGGUCGUUGGGAGUUCUUUGUCGACUUUAACAAGUAA